AUGCGAUCCUUGUGGGUGUUUCUGCUGGUGGCAGCGCCACUGGUACUGGCAGAAGAUAAGCUAAAGAAACCGACCCCAGUAGUAGCACCGUCGAUGGUAUCAUCAUCUAAGAUCGCCGACAGUGUUGCUAGCCCCAGCGUGACCGAGUACAAAAAGACCCUUAUCCGGAAGCCGAAGCGAUCGAACGGUGAAAUUCCACUGCUGAUCAUUCGACCGGUGGAAAAGCGGCGCAAGAUCUACUUUAAGGAACCGACGGUGAAAAUCGCAUCCGGAGGUGUUGCCACGUAUGGAACCUAUCCUGAGCUACAUACGAGCGACGGUGAGAUGUUUACGCUCGAGCACAUGCUGCCCAUCCUGAGCCUGGAGGGUAUGCUGAAGGGGUUCGCCAAGCACGGACCCAAUCACUUCGUGCCGUCACCACAGUUCAAGCCAUCCGACAUCCAUCACCUGGUGGCACCGCAGAAGACGAAGGAGGAGUACCACCAUCAGCUGGCACCGCUGAAACCGAGCCAGCUGCUAUCCAUCUCGCACAAACCGGCAGAGGCCGUGCCCGCACAGACGCUUCCAUCGCCACCACCACCGAACUACGUACCGGCCGUAAAUUCUGAAGAUCAACUACUGAAACUUGGUCAACCACAGCCUUCCUUUUCAUCCCUGGUACAGGAAAAGCCGGCGUUCGUCAAGCCAGAGCAGCUGCCCGCGAGCUUCAACUUCAAGGUGCAGGAAGAGGUCGGCCACUACAAGGUGAACGCGAUCCCGCUGUCGAAGCCAUCCGAGGUCCACCAUUCGGCACCGCACCAUCACUAUCCAACGUCGGGGGGCGCCACUAGCUAUGUCGGAAGCCAAGGAAAGCACCAGUCCCAGCCGCUCUACAUCCACGCUGCUCCAUCGCCGUCGAGUGAACACUCCACCAGCAAAUGGCAGGAAAUCCCCAAGAAGCCGCAGGUAUCCGUGUCGACGAACUUCUACCACCCGAAAACGAUCGUGGCCGAACAGGAACAGCCUCAGCAUACGAAAUCCUACGCUCAGGCGCAACAAGCCGUCGCCCCGCAGCAACCUACCGUCCAGACACACUUGAGCUAUUACUUCCCGAAGGAAGAGGCCGCACCGCAACCGGCAGCACACCACCAGCACGGCCAUCAGUCGGCCACGUCCUACAGCAAUGUUCAGGCAAGCGGAAGUGGGCAGACCGGCGAGCACCUCGCGGACACUCCGUCCGAGAAGCCCAUCCAUAAGACGUACAGCUCUCACAUCAAGCAGAAGUACCAGAAGCAACACCACCAGCAGCCACACGUUUUCAUCCAGAAGUACUUCGAGUUCCCGUCCAAGAGCGGUGCGCACCAGAAGAAUGUUGUCAGCGAAUUCCACGGUUCGCACGGCAAUGACACCUCGGACCAUCAGCACCUUCCGGAACCGCAGGCGUAUGCUGCCCCGCAGUAUUUGCCAUUGCCCCAACCACAAGCCCUGCACCAACCGCAGCAUGCCCCGGCUCUCACAGGACCGGGCGCGCAAACGUUACACCUGCAGCUGCACCAUCCCGCCCAUCACCCGGUGCAUCACCCGAUGCAUCAUGGAGGUCCUGCCCAAAGCUACUGGAAGUUUGGACGCCGCACGCAGGAUGCCGCGGUCAAACCGGUGGUGGAGCACACCAACGAACCAGAUCACCAUGACAGUCAACAUGCCGCUUCCGGAUCGGUGUUGCGUCAGGUAAAGCACACAACGGUGUCCAUAAGCAGCUCAAGUACCGAGACACCGGCCGCUACCAUCGGUAAGGACGCCAAAGAUGGACAGUCGGCACAGGAUCGUAUUGAUCAAGGAUCGCAAUCGACCAAUGGAACGGCCAGUACCAGCGCACCGACACGGACACCAAAACAAAUCCAACAUGGUUGUGAACGACGCUGCAUCCGCAAUACCGUCGCACAGGCCUACGAACCCGUGUGUGGAACUGAUGGUGUGACCUACUCGAACCGGGGCAAACUACGCUGUGCCCGAACUUGUGGUAACGAUGAUCUCGAGAUUCGAUCGUACGGCGAAUGUUCCACGAACGCGCGGAACGCAUAG